AGCUCCAUCUCAUUUCUCUUCUUUUUUAUAUUUGUCCAUUUAUAUGAAUCUGUCAUGGGAAUUUCUUGCUUUCCAAAGCUGGUGUUAGCCCACUUCUUCCUGUUGUUUAUAGAACAUGUUCAUUCACUAAGUUCUGAUGAGUCGUUUGCUCUUCUGGACUUGAAAGCCUAUAUAAGUCCUCCUGAAUCUCAAAAUGUCUUGGCAAAUAACUGGACUACAGCUACUUCAGUUUGCAAUUGGAUUGGUGUCAUUUGUGGUGGCCAACCUAUGAGGGUCAUAGCCUUGGACCUUUCUUCCUUGGGUAUAGAUGGCACCCUCCCUCCAAUUGCGGACAUGGUCAACCGACUUCCGCACUUAAAGGAGCUCUAUCUCUCUAGGAAUCAACUUUAUGGACAGAUCCCAAGCAGUUUCUUCAACUACAGACGGCUGGAAGUACUAUCCUUGUCUUCUAACAAUCUCACAGGAAACAUACCGAUAAAUCUUGGGAACUUGACCAUUCUCAAGCACUUGGAUCUUAGCAGUAACAACUUGGAAGGUCACAUUCCAAGCAGUAUUGGUAACUGCACAUCGCUCGAGAUAUUAAACUUCAGACAAAACUACUUGGAAGGUGCAUUACCAUCAAAGAUUGGCCUCGUCUUUCCACAUCUUCUUGAGCUUCAACUCCGUGAAAAUGAAUUUCAGGGAACCAUCCCUAGCUCCAUCUUUAAUGCAUCGAAGCUCACUCUCUUGGACUUGGCUGAUAACUCAUUUACUGGCCCUAUUCCCAUGACAAUUGGCUAUCUGAAAAAUCUCCAUAAACUUGAUUUAGGCCAUAAUCAGUUCAGCAGUGAAUCCCACACACCAGAGUCGAGCUUUAUAAAUGCAUUGACAUAUAAUAGGCAAUUAAGAAGGAUAGUUUUAUCAGGCAAUCCUCUAGAUACCAUGCUUCCUAUGUCGAUCAGAAAUCUCUCCUCUUCUCUUGAAUAUCUAGAGUUAACUGAUUGCAAACUUAAGGGUAUCAUUCCGACUGAAGUUGGCAGCUUAAGCAGCUUGAUUUCAUUAAAGCUAGGAAACAAUGCAUUGACGGGUGUUAUUCCAGAUACAAUCGGAUGUCUGAAAAACCUGCAAAGUUUGCAACUUCAAGAUAAUAAAUUAAAUGGAUCCAUUCCUUAUGAUCUUUGUCUAUUGAGAAAUUUGUUUGAAUUGUUUUUAGGUGGUAAUGAGCUCUCUGGUGCCAUACCAGAAUGCCUAGGUAAUCUUGCUGCUCUAAAGAACCUCAGCUUAAGCUCUAAUAGAUUGACUUCCACGAUACCGUCCAGCUUGUGGGGCCUUUUGGAUAUACUGGCCAUAAACCUGUCAUCAAAUUCUUUACAGGGCUCUAUCUCAUCAGAAAAUAUAAAUUUGUACCAUCUGAUUGAAUUUGAUUUGUCAAAUAAUCAAGUGGUAGGUUACAUCCCAUACAGUAUUGAGGCACUGAAAAAUCUAGCUUACCUCUCUUUGGCAGGAAAUAGAUUGCGAGGUCCUAUUCCACAAGACCUUGGUUUGUCUGUAGCCUUGGAAUUCUUGGAUCUCUCUCAUAACAACCUGUCUGGAGUAAUUCCAGAAUCCAUGGAAGCUCUUCUUUACCUUAGAUAUUUUAAUGUGUCCUUCAAUGAACUUGAAGGGGAGAUUCCCAGUGGGGCAUCCUUUGCUAAUUUCACAGCACAAUCAUAUCUGAUGAACAAAGCACUUUGUGGUGCAGCACAAUUGCAAGUUCAGAAGUGUCCAUAUAGCAGGACUGGUAAAAGAUCACGGAAAAGUAGUUUGCUUCUUACAAUGAUUCUGCUGCCAGUAAUUGCAUCAAUUUCUAUCCUAUUACUGAUAUACAGGGUGAAAAAACACUGGCUAUCACUGAUAUACAGGGUGAUAAAACACUGGCUAUCACUGAUAUACAGGGUGAUAAAACACUGCCUGGAAAAGAAGGAUCCACUCUUAAUAACAAAUAGAACAAUUUUGUACCGAGAAAUUGAGCUAGCAACGGAUGGAUUUAGCGAAAGGAACCUGCUUGGCACUGGGGGUUUUUGUUUUGUUUACAAGGGAACAAUGAAGGAGGAGAAGAACGUUGCCAUAAAGGUUUUCAAUUUGCAUCUCGAAAGAGCAAUGAGGAGUUUUCAGAUUGAAUCUGAACUACUAACCAAAGUUCAUCAUCCUAAUCUUGUCAAACUGAUGAACAGUUGCUGUGAUGGUGAUUUCAGAGCCUUGGUGCUAGAAUACAUGCCUAAUGGGACCCUGGACAAGUGGCUUUACACUCACAAUUAUUCUUUGAAUUUUCAGCAAAGACUUGAUAUAAUGAUAGAAGUUGCAUCAGCUAUUAGCUACCUUCAUUCAAAACAUAUCAUCCACUGUGAUCUGAAACCUAGCAAUGUCCUGCUUGAUGAAGACAUGGUUGCUCGUGUAAGUGAUUUCAGCAUUGCGCAACUAUUAGACGAAGGCCGUGCUGCAGUGCAAACAAGGACUCUAGCCACUAUUGGGUAUAUGGCACCAGGUGGUAAUGUUUGUGUUUGCUUUUUGAUUUAUGUCUGUAAUUCAUGUGGUUUGAAUAUUAAAAGUGGAUUAUUAUUGAUGCAUUGUACUUUAACUGUAGAGUAUGGAUCAAGUGGACUUGUAUCUGAAAAAGCAGAUGUGUACAGCUUCGGUAUUCUACUGAUGGAAACAUUCACCGGAAAGAAGCCCACAGAUGAUAUAUUCAAUGCAGAAAUGAAUUUGUGGAACUGGAUAUGCGAGUCAUUACCUCAUGGAGUGGACAAGCUUUUUGAUGCUACUUUGCUGCAAAGUGAUCAGGAAGACACAGCAGCUAAAACAAGAUGUAUAAAAUCAAUCAUGAAAGUUGCUUGGAUUUGUACUGCAGAGUCAUUUUCCGAGAGGAAGACUAUGACAGAAGUUGAGUGCAAGCUCCAUAGGAUCAAAUCGCGCCUUCAAAGAGAUACCGGGUUGAUAGAAUGCGAGGAAAUGCAAAGGGAAUUAUAUCCUAGGAUUUCGUUUCACGAGCUUAAGUUAGCAACAGAUGGAUUUAGUGAAAGAAACCUGCUUGACACAGGGGAAUCUAGCUUUGUGUACAAAGGAACACUAAAAGACAAGUGCGUUGUUGCAAUAAAGAAAUUUGAUCUGCAGAAAAGAGGGUUAGAGAGUUUUGAAGCUCACUCUAAAGUACUGUUGGGUAUUCGUCAUCGGAAUGUUGUCAAAAUCCUGAAACGAUGCAGUGAGGUUCGUUUCAAAGCCUUGGUGUUAGAAUAUAUGCCCAAUGGGCCACUCCAAAACUGUCUGCACUCUGGCAUGAAUUUUUUGAACUUCCGGCAAAGGCUCGAUAUAAUGAUCAACGUUGCAUCUGCAUUGAGUUAUCUCCAUUUUAUGCAUGUCAUUCACGGCAAUUUGAACCCAACAAACGUGCUGCUAGAUAAGGAUAUGGUUGCUCGCAUAAGUGGCUUCAGCUUUGGCAGAUGCUUAGACAAAGACGCUGCUGCAACAAAAACCACUUCAAUUGCAUCGACUUAUGGAUAUAUGGCACCAGAGCUUGCAUCAACCGGGACUGUUUCCGAAAAAUCUGAUGUUUACAGCUUUGGUAUUCUAUUGAUGGAAACAUUUACCGGAAUAAGACCGGAGGAAGAAAUGAACUGGAGGAGCCGAUUCUUCUUUUUUCAGCAGUUGACGGAACUUUCGCCUUCGAUCCUGAGUUUGAUUCAUUGUUGCACUGCAGAGUUGCCUGAUGAGAGAAAGACCAUGACAGAAAUUGAAUCAUUGCUGGUGAGGUUUAAAGAACAGUUUUUUUAAGUGAUAGGUAAUAGAUA